AUGGAGAGAGGUUGUGGUGGGUGGCUGAAAUCAAUUGAAGGAGGCGGUGGGUUGGUGGAAUUAAUGGAGGAAUUCACACCAAGGGUUGAGGGAUGUGAGAAGUGGAGACUCCAGAGUGAGCUGCCUCUUUCAUUGGCAAAUCUUAGUGAGUUACACGUGCUCGACAUUUCUAAUAACAAUAACAUCUAUGGUACAAUUCCACCUGAUAUAGGAACCUUAUCCAAGCUUACUCAUCUCACUUUGUCUCAUAAUAACCUCCAAAUUGAGCUGCGUCUUUUAUUGGCAAAUGUGAGCAACUUACAGUUGCUCGACAUUUCUCAUAACUAUCGCAUCAAUGGUGUCAUUCCACCUAACAUAGGGAGUUUAUCCAACCUAACUUAUCUCGAUUUGUUUUAUAAUCAACUCCAAAGUGAGCUGCCUCUUUCGUUAGCAAAUCUGAGUGAGUUACAUGUGCUCGACACUUCUUAUAACUACAUCCAUGGUGUCAUGCCACCUAACAUAGGAAGCUUAUCCAAACUCACUCAUCUCAAUUUGUCCUACAAUCGUUUAGAGGGCCACAUUCCAACCAAACUAUGGCGUAAAUUUGGGAUGGAGUCGUUCAUCGGCAAUCCCAAGUUACUAGCCCCAUCUGAUUCUGAAGGAGGAAGCAAACAUAGUGAUAAGUCAGUUAUAAUUUAUGCUGUGACAAUAGUAUUUGGCUGUUUUGCUUCCUUGAUGGGGUGGGCUUGUGAAGACUUCGGGCAUAGAGCUACGGAUGGCUGCACGCUGAUGGACUUAUACUGCAUUGGAUCUGGUGUAUAUGGGAGCGUCUACAGAGCUCUACUGCCCACUGGAAGAGUUGUUGAAGUUAAGAAACUUCACAAAUUUGAAGGAGAUAAUCCUACUUUUGACUCCUCUUUUAGAAAUGAAGCCACGCAUGUUUCUCAUCACUGGAAGAAGAGGGUAAAUGUCGUGAAGGGCAUUGCCAAUGCACUUUCUUACAUGCAUCAUGAUUGCAGCCCACCUAUUUUACACAGGGACAUUUCGAGCAGCAACAUACUCUUGGAUUCAGAGUUUGAAGGCUGUUUAUCUGAUUUUGGGACAGCUAGAGUGUUGGAUCCAGAUUCAUCCAAUCAAACUCUACUUGUGGGAACUCGGGGCUAUAUUGCACCAGAGUUGGCCUUCACAAUGGUGGUUACAGAAAAAUGUGAUGUAUAUAGCUUCGGAGUGUUGGUAUUGGAAAUUAUGUUUGGAGAUCAUCCGGGAGAUUUCAUUUCCUCCAUGACAAUGACAAAGAGAUGCACGCAGUUUGCUCAAAACAUGAUGGUGCAACAACUCUGGGACAAGAGGCUACCAUCUGUAGACGAAGAUGUAAGAAUGUCGAGGGAAGUGAUUGGAGUGGUGAAAACAGCUCUGAAAUGCAUAAGCUAUGAUCCAAAGUCGCGGCUGUGUAUGAAGGAGGUGUCUCAGGAGCUCGUUAAGCAUCCACCACGAUUGACAAUGCCAUUCCGCUCCAUAUCAGUGCUUCAUCUCAUACACUCAGACUGAACUCACAACUUACAACUGCCUUCUUUUGGUAAUAAAUUUUCGAUGUUCAGUAGCCAUAUGGAAAUGCCUCUCUUUUCUCUGUUUACGUAUCAAGAUAUGUUGGCAUAUGUAGCUUUGUAUUUAUACUAUUGGCUAUAGUUAAGUGCCUCCGCUUUUAACA